GUUUCUCUAACCUAAAUUACUUGUUACCUGCAAAACAAAUCUUGUCUACUACAACUUCUCUCGCGCCAUACACGACGCAACUGGUCAACUACUACAUUCGCUUCCGGAGUCUUUAUGUUUUCUACAUAACACAAAAAAGAGAACUAAAUUAUUUCACACCAUCUUUUUUCCUUCUAUUUUCCUACACGAUCCCUGUCGUGCAAGGUGAGAAGUGCUUCGACUCCUGGCCCACCAAACAUGUCGCAAUACUACGGCGCGCCUCCUCCAAACCAGUUUGUCGGUGGUGCAGCAGCAGCGCAAAAUCUUCAGUUUUACCCUUCUUCAUAUUCGCCAGGCGUUCCGGGCCAAGCAACCGCGGCGCAAUCAUAUGGAUACGGCGCCCCUACACCUGGACCUAGUGGAUAUGGCGGUUUCGGUGCCGCGCCGGGCGUGAGCGGAAGGAUGGGUGAGCAGGGCGGCUUACGAACAGGUUGGCUAGCUGCCUUCUCGACGGAAGGAUACGAUGGAGAGCCGCCUUUACUAGAAGAGCUAGGUGUCAACUUUGAUCACAUACAGAUGAAGACCUUAGCAGUCCUCAACCCCUUCGGACGUAUAGAUCAACACAUCAUGGACGAUUCAGACCUCGGCGGCCCUAUCCUCUUCUUCCUUCUAUUCGGCACGUUUUUACUCUUCAGCGGCAAGGUGCAUUUUGGAUAUAUUUACGGACUAGCGCUGAUGGGAUCAGUCGCGCUACACACAAUUCUAUCCCUCAUGUCUCCCGAUGACGCUAGUUCUACUUCGUCUGCGGUACCGGCAUACUCAGCUACCCCAGGCUAUCCGGGCGAUCCCAGCGCGGGCGGCAGAGAUGAUAACAAGGUACAUUCGAGCAACAACCUAACAUUCGCAAGGAGCGCGAGCGUUCUUGGAUAUUGUCUACUUCCACUAGUCAUGACGAGUUUGGUUGGCAUUGUUGUGCCAAUGGAUGGACCGCUCGGCUAUAUCUUGACAAGUGCGGCUAUCGUGUGGUGCACAACAAGCGCGAGCGGCAUGUUCUGCGCUGUGGGACGGAUGAUGCAGAUGAGGGCUCUGGUGGCGUACCCGCUAAUGUUGUUUUAUGUCGGCUUUGGUCUUAUGAGCAUUUUCAGCAGCAGAGGAUCUGGUAGCCUGGGCAAAGCGGCAGGCGUGUCAUGAAUUGCUAGUCGGAUCGUUGAACAUACUGAACACUUAGUCUGUCGAAAGCCGAUGAUAGCAGAGGGAAGUAUCCACAGUCUGGUUCGACUGCGACGAGAGAUUUUGCCCUACAUCAAAUAGGCCGACAAACUUAGAGAACUCUGGGUGGCUUGUUAUUCCCCUAUGGGAGUUAGGAGAAGUCCUAGGGAAGGGCGUUGUAAAAGGUUUAGCGGACGGUGUUGAUAUUAAUCGGAAUUAAUGUCCCGUCAUCCAUUAAGCAUAAAGGUGUAUAGCAGUGAAUGAAUAAUAUGAUGAAAGACUUAACAAA